AUGGGAUGCGCGGGCAGCUCAAACUGCUUCGCAGGGCUUUGCUCUGAGCGACCUACCGCCGAAGCAGACGUGCUGGUUGUUGGUGCGGGACCUGCUGGCAUUUCUGCAGUACUAGCUUUGCAGCAGCAGAGGAGGCGUGUCGUCUGGGUGGAUCCAGAGUUUCAAUCGGGGCGAUUGAAGCGAUUCCUCACGGUGCCUUGCAACACCAAAGUUGACAUACUUGCGAGCGAAAGCAACUUUCGACAUCCACUCUUGCAACAUGUGGGGAGCAGUGUAGCUCCAGCUUUGCAGAAGUUGAUCGCGGAGGCAGAGUCUCUGCCAGGGAGCACUGACCCCUCGCAACUCGGAUGGACGACGCUCGGAGCAUGCAAGCGCAUGUUUGAUGCUGUUACCUCGGGCGCUGUGCAAGCAGGAGGCCUAUCGCGCUGGAUUGGGAAGGUCGUCCGCUUGACGCCUGAUGGUGCGCAUUGGGUGGCGACUGUGGACAGUCAUCAGGGACAGAAAUGCGUCAAGGUAAGGUGCGUUGUCCUCGCCACUGGAGCAGAACCCAAAGUUGCCCCACUGCCCAAUGCUCUUUCAGCUGAGAAGACCUUCGACGAGGACUCACUGCGCCACCAGCUACGGCCAAAUCAGCGCCUGGCCGUGCUGGGGAACUCUCACACGGCAGCGGUAGCUUUGGCAAAGCUCAGAGAACUGGCGGUGCCAAUGUCACUUUCCAUCACCUGCUUUGCGAGACGGCCAUUGCGCUGCGCCGAAUGGCUGGAGCAUUCACAAGUCUAUCGCUACAACUCAACAGGACUGAAAGGCUUCGGCGCAGUGUUUGGUCGGGAGUGCAUGAUCCAUGGCACCAGCUGGCUGCAAGUCAAAGAUGUCAAGGAUUUUUCUCCGGAGCAGUGGGACUGGAUCAUUGACUGUACAGGAUAUGUCAAAAGCCAGCUGCCAGCCAUCGAUGGUGUGAUCAAAGCGCAGGAUCUGCCACGAGAUGAGGCUUCCGGCGCAUUGCUUGGUGCUCCUCCAGGGCUCUUUGCCAUGGGCGUACCAUGGGGAGAGGCACCUGGGCGGCUAUGGGGCCGUGGUCUUGAAGCAGAAGAUGGCUUUAAAGGCGAAGACACGUUCGUCGGAUUUUCCAUGUUCUUUGCCCGAGCGAGCCUAAUUGCUGAUGAGAAGUCACAGCAGCUCCGCGAGAAGCCCGCAGAGUGCAAGAUAGUCAUCGACGACUCUGCCGUGGCGCAUGUAGAAAUCAGCGGCAUCUGCACCCCAAAGUCUUUGGAAAGCGUUCUCAAUGCACUUCACGAUGCACGCUGUAAAGAUGGCGUCAAGGCUGUGGUGCUGAUCCUUCAAGGAUCGAAGGGUCCGGUGAAUCCUUCGGGACCAGCCCUUGGCGUGGCACCACAGACGCAGGCAGUGGCAAGCGGCACCUUCCUCCUCGGCUUGCGCACGCUGGGGUUGCCCUGUGUGGCUGCCUGCUGUGGAAAGGUCGCUGGGCCGGCCUGGGGUUUGGUGCUGGCUGCGGACUACCGCAUCGCCUCGGCAACUUCCAGCUUCAUCCUGCCCAUCUGGGGACCUCCUGAAUGCUUCGGAGACUUGGUUGGGCACACGGUAGCCAUGCAACUCUGCUACAAUCAGGGACCUGUCAAUGCCUUAUCCAUGCUCGAGUACGGCGUUAUCCACCAGUGCCAACGAGGAGAUGAAGACACCAAAAAGGCAGCGGCGGAAGUGGCAAGGAGGAUCGCUGCAACUCCUGCGCUGGCGUGUCACCAAGCCACUGCGAUGCUCAGCCCGGCCAUCGAAAAGUACGCGUCCAUCGUCGCUCGCGGAGGACUGCGAGCGUAG